AUGAGUGCCAAAUAUAAUCCAAACGCGACCGCGUUCAUUCCUUCAAAACAAUCAUUUCCAACCUCUGGUUCACAGGCAAAGCAACAAAAGUCUAACCCAAAUACAUCAUCUCAUACAGCUCCACCUCCAACUCAAGGAAAGCGUGGUAAUAGCUCAGGUGCAUCUAAAUCUUCUGGUAGACCAAGAGAAGUCAAGAACACAUCCAAUACGAGAAAGUACAGUUCAGGUUCAGAUGGUGGUGCCCAUGAUGAUUUUGGUUUCAAUAUAGAGGAUGAGGUUAUGUCCGGUCAAUUCAAGGCAAGAGGUAGAAGAGGUCAAAUCUCCAUCAACCACUUGUUGGAAUUCUCAUUGCCUUCUCGUGAUUUAGAAAAUGAUAAGCUAUCAAGAGCUCCAUUGCCUAGAAGAAGAAGAAAAUCUAAUCAAGAAGAUAAAAUACAUCUUAGAGGUGAAGAGUUCGUUAAUGCAAAUUAUAAGUUUAUUGUUGAUUAUAGACUGGAUUAUAAAGGCCAAACUUUAGAUCCAAACUUGAUUCUAUCAAAUGAAGCCAUAUUAAGAGUUAUAGUACCAAAGGGAAAUUAUUGUCCUAUUUGUUUAACUGAAGAUAUUGUUGCUCCCAGAAUGAUUUCUUGUGGUCACAUUUUUUGUCACACUUGUUUGUUGAGUUUUUUGGAGUCUGAAGGCAUAAAAAAGAAGGAAUUUUCCUUGAAUAAGCAUAAAGAAUGUCCAUUAUGUGCAUUUUCUGUUAAACCUGAUCAGAUUAAACCUGUGAUUAUAAAUCAAACAGAUGAAAGAUUCGAAACUCCACAAAUUGGUCAAGAUGUUAUAUUACGUUUGAUGGCUAAACCGAUUGAAAAUAUUUUGCCAAUUCCAUUUGGUUUGAAUUUGAAUCAUCAAAAAGUUGGUAAUAUUCCAUGGUAUUCUGAUACAGAAUUAUAUCCAUAUGCCAGAAUAAUGAAAGGUGGAUUGAAGUUCCUCGUGGAGUGCUAUGAAGCCGACAAGACCGCCAUUCUCAAACAGUAUGAGGAAGAUAAGUUACUUUAUGAUGAUGAUGGUGUUUAUGCCAAAAAGGCUUUAAAAGACAUUGAGUUCCAUUUGAAGUUAUACAAAGAAGGUUUCGGUAACAAUUACAAUGAACCUAACCCAUUAGUAACAUCAAUGGAUAACUUAUCAGUCAAUAAGAAUAAUAGUGGAUUAAAUGAUUCAAACUGUUAUUUCUUCUAUCAAACUGCUUUCAAUUCCCCGACAAGAUAUUUCUUAUCACCUUUGGAUGUUAAAGUUUUAUUGUACACUUAUGGCACAUAUGAUAGUUUCCCAUCUACGUUGUUAUUAAAAGUUGAUAAUAUCAAUUAUGGUCAUAUGGUUACAGAGAGUACAUUAAAAAAGUAUAAAUAUUUUGGUCAUUUACCUUUUGGUACAGAAUUUGCUUUCAUUGAUGUAAAUUGGAAAAACAUGUUGGCACCAGAAGUUUACAGAGUUUUCGCCAAAGAAUUAAAUGAGAGAAGAAAAAAGAUUUUAACUAAAUUGAAAAAAGAAGAUCGUGCUAAAAAGUCAUUUGAUGUUCAACAAGAGUUGAAAACUUUAGAUUUUUAUAAAACUGAAAAUGAAGGUUGGGGUAUCUAUGAUUUUAGUUCUCAAGAAAACAUUGCAGCUUCUGAAGAACCUCCAUUGCAUCCAUUAGGAGAUGAAGAGAUUGCAAAUGAAAAUGUUGACUCUACAGAACAGGAGAAUAAGGAGAAUCCUGAUAGUUAUUUAACAACGGUUUGGGGUACAAAGAUUCCAAAAGGUGAAAAAGUGAUCACCAAAGAUGAUUAUAUUGAAGAUGAUUGGAAUACAGAAGAGCUUAUAAGGUUAGCCAAAGAAGAGAAGAAGGACAAUCCAAAGAAGAAGGGUCGUAAGAAGAAACUAGUUGUUUUAACUUCCUCAAGUGGUCGUGGAAUAUAA